GUCCGCCCGCGCCUCGUAAAAAUUUGAAUUGAGACAGCGCCAACAAAAGCAGCUGCUACGUGUUCCUGUCUCCGUCUUUAAACAUUUCAAAACCCACCAAAUCCUCCUUUACCCUACUCUUCUAUUUCUUGAACCAGAUCAUACAAACAUAAUCAAUGGCUUCUCGUUACAACUCAUACGAUUCAAGAUCAUCAACAGCAUCCUCGCAUUUCUCAGACCCAUCUUCUUCCACAGAAUUCAAUCUCAACCCACCCACAAAACCCACUUCAAGAGCGUUACUCAAACUCAACCAACCCAAGAUCAAUGACCAUCAUAAUUUAACUUCAAUGGUCAAGAAAUUCAUGGGGAAUAAGAAACCAGUGUUGGGUAAAGGAGGGUCUUCUUCAGGGCUGGUGAUUCCUUGUGAUUUGAUAGCUGAGGACUUGAAGAAAACUGCCAGGAAAGGUUCCGGCUUUUCUGGGCUGCAGAAGAAGCUGUUUGGUAAAGAGAAGGAGAGCGGGAAAAAGGCGGUGAAGGCGUUGACGGAGGUGAAAGGGAAUGUUAAUAGCGGGAAUACGAGGACACUGGCUAUGGUUCUGAGGAGUGAGAGAGAGCUGUUGAGUGCUAGUAAAGAGCAGGAUAUGGAAAUUGCUGAGUUGAAGUUGAUGCUCGAGGCGAAGAACAGAGAAGUUGAGAAGUUGAAAGAUUUGUGCUUGAAGCAAAGGGAAGAGAUCAGGUCACUGAAAAGUGCAGUUCUUUUUCCUGAGGUAAUGAAUCCUCAGGUUCAGGAGCUAUUAGAGAAACAAGGAUCAGAAUUGAAGCAAGCCAAACAACUCAUCCCAACUCUCCAGAGGCAGGUCACUUCUCUCACUGACCAGCUACAAUUCCUUGCUGAGGAUCUUGCCGAGGUGAAAGCUGAUAAAUAUACAAGAGCAUACACCCAACAUUAUAGCAGCUCUCCAGAGACACCGACAUAUGAUCACGAAGAAGCCACAAAAUCCUUAGAUUUCAGCUCUUGUGAUGCUGCAAGUCCUGGUAGUCCCGACGACAUGUUUCUAAAGGACUUCAAUCCGUGUUUAACACCUUAUUAUGCCAACAAGACUAAAUCCCAGGAGUUUGAGGCAAUCGGCUAUGAUUCUCCACUUGAGAAAAGAUCGAGCAAUGACAACAUGCAAAAGUUGAGCUCUCGUACCAGGAAGAUAUCGAGAAGUUCAGAUUGCUACCAGAGCAAAAAUAAUGCAGACAGCGGGAAAAAAGCUCUCAGAUCUGAUAAGAACAAAAGCACGUACGGAAAGCAAACGCAGCUCAGAUAUAUAUGAUGUUGUAAGGAAGCAUCGUUUGAUUUUCUUUACCCGUUUUUUUGUCUAUCAUAGAUUAUAAUUGGUGUUGAAAACUGAGACAUCAGCAGAAGUUGCAAGCUGUAUAUGGUGCGAAUGAAGCACUUGCGAUAAAGAAUGAAAAGCUACUUACUAGUCAUGGAAA